CGCGGCAACACUGGUUCGAGCGCGUGGUAUGCCGCACGCUUUAUUUUCGCAAGUAAACUAAAUUGUAAAUUUGCGAGUGCUGUGAAUCUGUUGGUGCGCGUUGAACGUAUUUUCACAACUUGUCCAGUUUGACUAUGUCAGAGGGCGGUGAAAACGGUAACGAGGCGCUGCCUGGGGCGGCGCAAGAGGCCGUUGAUGGGGAAGCCGAGACGGAGGCUGAGGCCGCUCUGAUGGCCGAAGCUGUGGCAAUUGCAUACCAGAGCGAAGACGACGAAGAUGAGGAGGCAGCAGCGGAAGGGGCAGAUGCCGAGGAGGAUGCCAUGAGUGCAGGUGAGGCAGAAGCCGCAGAUGAAAACGAAAACGAAAAUGAAAGCGACAGCAACCCCGCCGCCGAAGAUGCCUCUGCGAAUCAAGAGGAAGACACAGCCGCCGAUAGGCGAUCGUCCACCAAGAAAGAGCUGACGCAAAUCAUCGACCGGUGGGAGCAGCAGCAGACACAAAGUGGCUACGAUCCCGUGCCCACACUGAAGAGUCUGGCGGAGAUAUUUGAGCGCGAAAAGGACGCCUAUAUGCGCAAGGAUCCGGAUCCCUUGGACUCGAGGCACCCAUAUCGCGCCGAUCCCAGCUGCCAGUAUGGGCUGCUCCUCAAGCUGCUUUUUCGCAAAGAUGUCUUCAUGGGAAAGUUGCUCAACGAUUAUCUGCGCGAGAACUACUUCAGUCGACAGACCAUAAGUCGCAGCUCGCUGGAGCUUAACAUCCUGGCGUGUCGGCUUAUUCUGGAGAUUAUGCCAGGUCUGGAGACAACUGCAGUGUUCCAGACAGCCAACGACGAUGGCACCAUCAAUCGCAUCUACAGCUGGGCCGAGGACAGCAUCGAACCGCUCCAGAGCUACGCCACCGGACUGCUGGCCGAGGCGAUGGAGGUCAGCGACAUUGCCAUCAACUAUCGCGAUCAGAACAUGCGCCUGGUACCCAAGAUGAUCAAGCGUCUGCACAUGCUGCUUGCCAUAAGCAAAAGCGCCACUGCGGACCAUCCAUCGGCGCUCAACUAUUCUGCAGAGAGCAGCGCUUCCGGCGGAUUGCUCUGCUGGAUGGCCUGCGGCAACGGGGCCUCAGCUCCGCAGUCGCCGCAGCACAACGGAAGCGGCAUUGCGAGCUCCAACCAUGGGGAUGCCUCCAACAUGUCGAUUCUGUUCGAGAACAGCCGCGAUGCUUUCUCGCAGUCGCGCUACUACAAGCGGAUGUACAUACCGCUGCACCCACCAACGGCGGAUGCCAGCCAAAAGCUGAUCAUGCGCUUCCUCACCAGCCUCGGCGAGUACCAGGAGUUCCUGGCCAUGGCCUUCGAGAAUAAUGUGAUGCAGCUGAUAUUUGGCUACCUGGAGAACCUGGAUCGCCGCGACACCUGCCUCGCCUACGAGGUGCUCAAGUACUUGGCCUCCUUGCUGUGCCACAAGAAAUUCGCUCUAGAGUUUAUAUCCCACGGCGGCCUGGAGCUGCUGCUGAAAGUGCCACGUCCUAGCCUGGCCACCACGGGCGUUUCGAUUGCCAUUUACUAUCUGGCGUAUUGCGAGGAUGCCAUGGAGAGGAUAUGCAGCAUGCAGCGGCCCCUCAUCUCGGAGCUGGUACGUUACGCACUGUGGAUAUUGGGUCGCUGCCACGACUCCUCCAAGUGCCAUGCCACCAUGUUCUUCAGUCUGAGCUUCCAGUUCAAGGUGAUACUGGACGAGUUCGAUGCCCAGGAUGGCCUGCGUAAGCUCUACAAUGUUAUAUCCGUGCUGAAGAUACUCGAUCCCAGCCAGAAUGACAGCGACAACGAUUCGGAUAUCAACGAUGAUGUGGAGUGCGCCUCCCGCCAAAUGGUGCGACAUGUUUGUGUGGCCCUCAAGCGCUAUAUGGAGGCGCAUUUCUUCUUCAAGUACAACAGCUUCCUGUCGCAGCACUAUGCGACCUCCUCCUCGCCCUCGUCGUCGCACUACUUCAACCAGAAUCCCACUGUGGCGGCCAAACUCACCUUUGACCAGUUGCACGAGCAGAUUCGAACGCUGCAGGAGCACACAUCGAUCCGCGGACACUGGCAGCCCGUCGACCAGCUGAUGAAGCUGGGCGGGAUCUCAAUGCUGCUGCGAAUCAUAGCCUUCAGCUACGACUGGGUGAACAGCGGUCGCUCGGAAACGGUUCGCUCCGCCUUGGAUGCGCUCAGCGUGUGCUGUGUGAUUCCCCGCGUCUAUGUGGUGCUCUGUGAGCGCAUACAGAUGCUGGACAAGACGACCACCUCGGGAUUCUGUUCGGUGCUGGGAGCGGCCGCUGGAGAAAUCACCUCGGACGCCGAAGUGCUAAAGUCUGCUCUGGCCGUGCUCUGCCACUGCGUCUGCUCGCCAAUAAUACGCAAGGACAGCGGCAACAGCCUGAUCAAGUUUGGCAACUCCUCCAGGAAGAACAAGGCCAACCACAAGUAUGCCGAGGAGCUGAUCGAGAAGGUGUGGGAGUCUGUGUGCUCCAACAAUGGGAUUGUGGUGCUGCUAUCGCUGAUGCAGACCAAGGGACCCAUCACAGACGCCGAUUGCAUCCGAGGAAUGGCCUGCCGAGCUCUGGCCGGUCUGGCCAGAUCAGACCGUGUUAGGCAGAUUGUCAGCAAGCUUCCCCUGUUCGCCGGCGGUCAGCUGCAGUGCCUGAUGCGGGAUCCCAUUCUGCAGGAGAAGAGAGCCGAGCAUGUGAUCUUCCAGAAGUAUGCCCUCGAGCUGCUCGAGCGGGUGUCGGGCAAGAACAAGGCGCUGAACAAUCCGCUGGAUCCGUCGCUCUCCAACAUGCACAAGGCGAACGUUAUUGCCCAGACCCGCAUUCAGUACAACGAGCAGCAGCUCUACCAGCUGAUCUUCGAGCACCUGGAGAGUAAGGGCCUCUCGCAGACGGCCCAGAUGCUGCAGCGGGAGGUGGGACUGCCGCUGCAGACCCCCACCACGAGGAGCUUCCAUCAGUCGCCGUUCGACUACAAAGCUCUCUCCAGCGGCAGCUCCAUUUCCAGGAGUCGCCUGAGGAGCCGCAUGCAGGACGUGAAUGCUGCCAUCAUGUCAAACGGCGAGUUGAAUCGAAGUUUCGGCGACGACUCGCCCUACGGCGGGGCCAGCACCUCCACCGCCAGCAUACCCAACUUUAGUAGCCUCAACUCCGUUCAGACGCCAAUCAAGAUACGACGGACUGAACGCUCCAUCAGCUCUGUGAGCCGAUCCAUACAGAAACAGAUUGCCGAGCCCGGAGGUAGCGCUGUAGGUCUGCCGGAAGACUUUGCCUCCUCGGUGCCCCUAUACCCGAAGCGGGUGACCCUCAACACGAUCGUGACGGAGUAUCUAACCAACCAGCAUUCGCUGUGCAACAACCCGGUGACGACGUGUCCACAGUUCGAUCUGUACGAGCCGCACAAGUGCCCCGAUCCACGGCCCAGCCGCCUGCUCAGCUCCAACUACAAUCUGACGAGUCGACACUUCCGCACCCAGGCAGGCUUCACCACGGGACGCUUCGAUCGACGGUAUGUGCACACGCACUUCUCCCCCUGGCGCACCAUACGCUCGGCCGAGUACGAGGAUCUGGAGUUCACCUGCUGCGACCUCGUGGGCAAGUACAUCAUUGUGGGCACCCAGCAGGGCGAUGGUCGGGUCUUCAACAUGAACGAUGGCGUCGAGCAGUUCUACUCAAACUGUCACAACUUCAGCGUGGAUGCGAUAAAGGCGAAUCGAGCUGGGGAUUUGGUCAUCACAUCGAGCUUCUGGCGCACUCCCACCAGCAUCCUGUGGUCCAUUGCGGACAAUGAGUUCAAGUCAAAGCUGACCCUAUCCGAUGUCACCUACUGCGAGUUCAGUCAGACGGCGCAGGAUCGUCUCUUGGGUACUCAGAAUGAGUGUGCCACGCUCUUCGAUAUCAAUACGGGCUCUAAGCUGUCCACCUUCACCCCCACCAUACCCAACCAGUAUACCAAGAAUCGAGCGACGCUUUGCCGCACCGACGAACUGGUUUUGUCGGAUGGUGUGCUCUGGGAUGUGCGUUCCGGCAAGGAGAUCCACAAGUUCGACAAAUUCAAUCAGUGCAUAUCUGGAGUGUUCCAUCCAAACUGCCUGGAGAUUAUAUCCAACACUGAGGUGUGGGACCUGCGAACGUUCCAUCUGCUGCAAACGGUGCCGGUGCUGGAUCAGCGGAAUUGCACGUUUUCGCCCAUGCAUGUGAUUUAUGGGGCCAGCCUGGGAUCGGACAGGGACCACGACAUGGAGACUACCACCUAUGAUACGAGCUUCAACGUGCUCGACGCCUACGACUACUCGAGCAUAGCCACCGUAGACGUGAAGCGGAACAUCAAUGACCUGAGCGUCAGUGCGAACGGGAGCCUGAUUGCCGUGGUCGAGGACUAUAGCGGCUACGAGUCGAAGCAGGAGACUUAUGUGAAGAUCUAUGCGGUUGGCGUGAAAAAGAACGAGCGGUCGGAAGAGGAAGAUGAUGAGGAGGUGCCCGAAUCUGAUGAGGACGGCUCCGAUACGGGCUCCGAAAACACAUUUGCUCUAGGUCCGAAUUUUAUGGAAUUUCCGAUGCUUCGCAAUUUUAACUCUUCGAGCAACGAUGAAGAUGGGGAUGAUGGGGAUAAUGAUGGAUAUGAUAUAGUCGAUCUUUUCGACUCUGAUGACGAUGAUGAUGAGGACGAUGAUGGCGAUGGUGAUGGUGAUGGCGAUGACGAUAUCGAUAUGGAGCUCGGCGAUAGCGUCUUCGACGAUGGCAGCAGUGAUGAUUGAGUAUAACCACCCAAGAACCUGCUCCUCCUCCCUCUGUCCCGUCUCGUCUCGUGUCGUGUGCCGUCGCUUCUUUCCCCAAUCUUAACGCAGCGUGCACGAAAUGAACAGGAAUAGGAACAUCCAAAUCUUCAGUAGUCUUAAUCCUAGUGUGUAGAAUGUUAACUUUAAACUAUGUUGUGUUUGAAAACUGUACAAAAAAGCAUAAGAAAACGAGCGUUAAAGAAGCCCUCACUUUCAAUUGUAAUCGAAAAUCUGCUUCACAAAACCGUCUGUGAGAAACAAAUCUAUAAAUUGUAAGCAAACGAAUAUUGUUCAACAAUUUCAACUGUACAAAGCUAUAAAUGAUGUAUAAUUUUUCUAUUAAACGCAUUCGUGUGUA